AUGGCGUCACCUCUUCCUCGACUCCAUGACCCUACCCUGCUAAAGCGCGAACACCUUCGCUUCCAUCAACGAGACUGCCACUACAACGAGGUUCUGAAUGAUGUAUCCGAAUUGCGACGGCGGAUCCGUCUUGACUCUCCCUCAACCUGGUCAAUGCCCAAGACGGAAAGUGUGGACGCUGGAAUCAUCGGCACCUUACCCUUCGAAGGCAUUGUGAAUGUCCUGCGCCACACGACAAUCUCGGAUCUCUUCAAACUGCGUGCCACCAAUUCUCGUAUCAGAUAUAUCAUUGAGCAGUGGGAACCUUUCAAGUUGAUCAACACUCAUGGCGGGGAUGCUGUCAGAGCUCUUUUAGCAACUGGUGCAGGUCUGUUGUGGACAGCAGGUCAACUCAUCAACGUUCUCUUCACAACCAAAUGUGAACUAUGCGGCCAACACGGCGACAUUCUCCACUUGUUGAAACUCAAAAGGUGCUGCUUCCGCUGUCUGUCCCAGGAACGCGAGCUGCUGGCCGUAACAAUUGAAUACGCACAGCAAUUCCUGAGACUAUCUGACGAAGAAUUGGAAAAACUGCCAAAGCUCAGAACAAUCCUUCAGAAGGAUUUCUGGGGUUUUCCCAGCCUCCGAGGUAUCAUUGUCGACUAUCAGACAGCGUUGAAGGUUUCAGGUGAUCGUGCUCUGAACUAUCCAGGAAAGUAUCCUACGCCUGCACUGUACUCUUAUAAGGUCAAGCGAACACGUGUACGACUUGAAUCAAAUCAUCGAAGCAUUCAACCAAGACCGAGGACGAGACUCCACGAGCGCCGAGGACACACUGCUGCUAUGAAGCUCCCAUCUCCAAUAUUCGCAGCUCCUGAAACAGAUUACAGGCAACACGCUUGCGCUGUUCGACAACCCGCGAUGACACGCAAACGAGCUAGGGUAACGGACGGCACCUUCAAGGAUAAUGUUACUGUUGUCAAUGGGGUUCGCUGUGAAGGAUGUGCCUACUACUGGAACUACCACUCACCACUACCGUAUCAUUUCCACAAAAUGUAUACCCAUGAGCAAACAGGGGGCCCAACGGAGUUCACCAAGCAUUUGCAGCAUUGCAUCUACGCGCAGGCUCACUGGGCAAGAAUAAACAACCCUCGGCGUCCAGUGCCACUCCAGAAGCAGAUCGAGGUACUUGAUGGGUGGAGAAAUUCGUUCUGGCCUCGCCACCCGGCACCCACGCUCGAACAAUCUACGCCGUGGUUCGAGCUUAUCCCUCAACGGCUCGAGAACGAGUUGAUAGAUCACGAGACUAAUUUCAGAACCUUCGAGCAACCAUACGAAUGGCCAGCGCUUCCCUUGGAACGGCCCGAGACAGAUGACGAAGCUUUGAUGCGGUGGCGCAUCGAAUAUCAAGGACACAAGGCUGCCGAAGACCACCGUGUGGUGGACGACUUUGACCUGUACUGGGACAUGCUCAUCAGCCAAGAAGCCGUAAGCCAGAGCAACUGGGCUUGUGGAACCCUGUGCAAUGGAAGCUUCGCACUCUUCAGAGGGCCAUACACGUUGCUUGAGAGCAAGCGUGCUCGCCACGACAGGAAGUUCUAG